AUGAAGUUACUCGUGCUGUUAGUCAGUGUGGUAGUGGUCGCUGCGAAGCCGACGGUAGAUGAAGAAGACGUAGGUUCUGUGCUCGGCGUUGUCAAAGGAUGCGCCGAACAGGACGUCGCCUUGUGCCUCAAGGAAAGAGCGCUUAAAUACGCCGAAAAUUUAGCAACAUCCCGAGAAAUCAAUAUCGCUGAUGGUAUCACACUGAUCGGCACUGGAUCUUCCCGUGGUGCCAGAUCCUACGAACCCUUGCCCGAAGAGCCGAGAGCCAGAGAAAACCAAGUGGAAUCCAGACUCGUCGAUGCAGCUGCGGAGUUCCUUGAAAACCAUGUAAUCCAACUGCGCGUGCCAAAAAGUACCGUCGAUGAUGUGAAGAGAUCGCUUGAAGAAGGUCGUGGCAAAAAGAAGAAGCUGAAGCAACUGCUGCCAAUCUUCGCUCUUCUCCAACUCAAGAUCCAGUCCAUGAUCCCUCUAUUCCUCGGUAUCAUCGCCUUUGCCGCUGUUAAGGGUCUUCUCCUCGCUAAAGCAGCUCUCCUUGCUUCCGCUCUACUCCUCCUUAAGAAACUCCUCUCAAAACAUGAUCAUCAUGAGAGCUACGAAGUGGUAGCUCACCCACACCAUGACGAACAUUACAGCCACGGUGGUGGUCACGGUGGUGGAUGGGGACGAUCCCAAGACGCCCAGAAUUUAGCGUACAGCGCUUACUCCACCUAAACCUAGGAUAGAUAAAUCUCAUACGAGUUAGUCUUACGCGGACCUCAAUUGUUGAAAAUUAAUUUAUUGUUAUUUAAUAAUUUAUUUUAAAUUAUUUAAACGUUUUUUUUAUUAUUAAAUAUCUUGCAAAUGCUUGGCUAUGGUCUAUGCGUCACCAGUAUUGUAUUCUUAUGUACCUGUUGUUUUAUAUUGUAUAGUACAAAGAUUAUGUUGAUAAGUGUUCAAUAGCUUUAAUUUACUUU